AUGGCUGUAGACAAAGACAUCCCAGAUCCUUCUGCAGAAACUGCGAGACAUGAGGCUCAUUACAAAGAUGAAGAGACACAGAUUUCGGGUGACCCCGAGGAAGAUGAAGAGCCAGUCGUUACACUCAAGACGUGGGUUGUGGUUAUGAUCCUCUCGUGCGGUUAUGGCCUCUCUUUUUGGCCCAUUCCUGUCAUGGCAAGCAUCGGAAGCCUGGUCGCUACGGAACUUGGAGAACCAAGCAGGGCAUAUUGGAUCAUUCCGGCGUGGACGAUCUCAAUCACAACUUGCUUCAUGCUCUGGUACGAAUUCCUCAUCGUCUGUACUGUAGGCCACAUAGUUACUGCGACCAGUAAAAGCGCCAACGCUGUGGUCGCAGGAAUGGCCAUAUCAGGGUUCGGUGGAGGCAACUGCCAGAUGGCGGCCUUUGCCCUUUCAGAACUUCUUCCAAACAAGUGGAGGCACAUUGGGGUCAUCAUCGCUGAUAUAACCACCAUCAUGGCCGUCAUUAUCGGGCCAGCAAGUGGCAGACUCGGAAUCGAGCAUGGCAACUGGCAAUGGAACUUUUGGGCUGCCGCGAUCGCUCAGUUCCUCUCGUUCUUGGGUCUCCUCUUUCUAUACUUUCCCCCUGCUCAUCCGUAUGGCAUCCCAAUCCACCAAAUGGUCAAGGAGAUUGACUAUGUCGGAGGAAUUUUGUUCAUUGUGGGAGCAGUUCCCUUGCUCAUAGGGAUCGUCUACACCACAAUCUUUCCGUCCAAUAACGCACACGUCGUUGCUCCUUUAGUGAUUGGAUUCUUCUUCAUCAUCUGCUUCGCCUGCUGGGAGAGGUUCGCCAAACUGAAGCAUCCCUUGACCCCGACCUACGUCUUCACCUCCUCUCACGGCAGAGACUUCACGGCCCCAGCAAUCGCCCUAGGCGUUGUGAAUAUGUUCUACUACUCCAGCAGCAUUCUGUGGCCCACGAUGAUCAAUACAUUCUACACCGACGGGGGGGCCGAUUGGAGAUAUGGUAUAGCGCUGUCUUUGCCGCAAGGCUUCGCAAUCCUUACCGGCGCUGGCUCGCUAGCAAUUUUCGGUCGAAGCAUCAGGAACUGGCAGUGGCAGUUGACUGGUUCAGUUUUCUUCAUGGUCUUUUUCGGAUCCUUGCUUGCCCUGGCAACUCAACACAACAAAUCCUUGAUGAUUGCGUUCGUUUUCCUCUCGCAAACUGGAUAUGGAUGGGCCAUCUACCUCGCUAUCGCUGUCAGCCAGAUGGGUGUUGAACACAAAGACCUUGGAAUCAGUGGUGGGAUUUCCGGGGUCGUCCGAUUUGCAGCAGGUUCCAUCGCCGCAGCAGUUUAUACCACUAUCCUGACCAACACCACCAACACCUGGAUUAUGAAACUCGUUCCGUCUGCAGCAGUAGCUGCAGGAUUGCCCGAGUCACAGAUUGCUGCUUUGAUGAAGGUGGUUGGCACUUCGGCGCUGGCAAAGGAGUUUGGCACAAAGGUCGCGGCUGCUGUGGCAAACGCAGUUGCUGAGGCCACUGUGCAUGGAAUCAGAAUCGUCGCUUUUACCUCACUUGCAUUCGGUGUUGUCGGCAUCAUUGCUUCAGCCUGUUGUAAAGACGUGGAUGCAAAGAUGAACAACAAGAUCGAGGUUUAUCUUGAGAAUACCGAGAUGGCGUCAAGGAACAGGAAUCAUUGA